GUGUGCUGGGGCAACUCUCCGGCCCCCCACGACGUGGCCUUGGCGGACAUCGCGGCGCUCGUGUUGUCCGCGAAGCCCAGGUUCAUCUCCUUCGAGGCGUGCAACCCGGGCCAUGCCCAUGAGCACGAGGUCUGGAAGACUGUGAAGGUGCCGGCGGACAAGGUGCUGAUGCCCGGAGUGCUGGACACCACCACUGCCCACGUCGAGCACCACCGGCUGGUGACCCAGCGCCUGCAGGCCUACGCCAUGUCGGGGGAUUGCGUCAUGGCGUGCACGGACUGCGGCUUCGCGGAUCCGAAGCUCAAGGACGUCGCCUACUCCAAGAUGGCCUCCAUGGCCAAAGGCGCCGCCGCCUUGGCGGCGGAGCCGUACGCCGUGGCGCGGUGCAAGGACAUGGCGCUGGACGUGGCCCUGUCGGCCGCUUCGCCGGGCGAGCCUUCCACCAUGGUGCUGGGGCGCCUGGCCAAUCUCAGGGAGCCCAUGAUCCCUGGCUCCUACGGCUACACCAUGAACUACACCACGGCCUUGGGCAAGGGAAGUGCCCUCCAGCGGCGUUCCAACGUGGCGAUCUUUGUGCCACUGGACGGCCCCUACGAGUUCGCUUACGGGUCGAAGGGCCAGCACAAGGUGACUCUGCGGGCGGGAGGCCUCAUUGUGGUGCCGGCGGGGGUGAACCAUAGCUACAAGAGCACGCAGGAGAACCAGAGCCGCAUCCUUGCGAUCCUUCCAGGCCGGCCCAGCGGGACCGGCGACGAGCCCGAGGUCCCAUUCAAAGAGGCGACUGCCGAAGACGGCAAGGGCUACGUGCUGGCCCACGACUCCAGUUGUCGGUACCUCAUGUCCAGCUGCGACGGGUCUUUGGAGUUCUCCUGGCUGCGGCUGGCCCGUGGGAAGAUCCAGGAGCUGCCCAGCUCCGAGACGGUGGCGGUGGUUCUAAAGGGAGUGGUGUGCUGCGGAGAGAGGCUGGGUCCUUUGGACGUGGUGAAGCAGCCAGCUUUUUUAUCCGCGGCCCAGGACUCCCUGGUCUUGCUGAUCAAGUCCUCGCUGCCCCACGACAUGGACUUCAACUUUGACCAGGUGCAGUGUGAGAAGCUGCCAGCUUGAGUCUCAGCUGAGUUCUGGCUGGAGCUUCAGCGCGCUUCAGCGGACCGUCGAGGAGAAGACGCGGCCGGGCCGAUGCGCGGAUGGCAACCUUUGGUAGAGAGGCCCACCUAGCUUUGUAUGAAACUGCAGGCCAACCUUCGCGCAGACGGGGAGACGCUGAAAGCGUUUGCUCUAGCCCUCCACUCCACUUCCUUCGAGGUGGUUUAGCGAUGAGCUGGGCGUGCUCAGCAAUCUGAGCUCCGAGGCCUUUGCGCGCUGUCGCGGAUCAGAAUCGAAGGAAUCCCGGGAUCCUUGGCAACCUAUACGGCCAUGUGAUAAUAGCAUUGCGCAGCAUCUUUGCAGCGGAC